AUGGGUGCGGUCAAGGAUUUCAUGCAGACAGUCAAUUUCUGUCGGCACGUUUUGGGGAUGUCGGGUGGCGACGCUCUGACGACCCCAUGGAUUUCGGGCAUUGUGCGCGGAGCUCAGUUCGUAUGCAAGGAACGCAAGCAAAGCCGUGUGCUGACUGUGCAAGAGGUCUUGACUCUGGAAUGCAUUCUGAUCGAUGGAAGGUUCAGCCUGACAGACAGGUAUGGAGCGGGCUGUAUUCUUUUCUUGCUCUACAGCAGAGCACGUGUGUCAGAUGUGCGGAACGUGAGCUCUCACUUCGCGGAUAUAGUCGAGGGCUCGGCCAGAGCUGGCUUCAUUGAGGAAGUGGGCUUCAAGGCUGGUGGAGACAUGUGCCGGGUCUUUUCCGGAGGGUUUCACAGCGCAUGGCAUCAAAGCUACGCCUUUAUCAUGGCUUGCGAAAUAUGGAAGAUAUUCCUUCCGGAUGCGACCCGCAGCGGCAUGAUUUCCUUGGACAAGGAUGCAGGGGCAGAGCGCUUGAGUAGUAACUCAUUGCCUCCCGACCAGGCCUCCGAGCGUCAUGAUGAACUCGAAGGUUUGACGGAUGAGCAAGAGCCGCAGGCGGUUUUUCAGGAGAAAUGUCGUGAGUUCAAGCUGCCGGCGGAUUCAAUGCAGGUGCUACAGAAGGUGACCAAGGAGAUCACUAUAGAUGCUCAUCAGCGCCUUCAAGUGAAAGACGGCAAGAGCAAGGUCACUUGUGAGACUCACUCGGAGCUUCUUCUGACGCAGGCGCUCUUGCGAAGGGCGCUGGCAUUGGACUUGACGGGUGGCGUCAGGCGGCUGGACGAUGGAUCGCUGCCGCUGGACGCCCAAUUUCCGAGCCUUCAGACGGACCCGCCACUUCAGAUGCAACCAA